GACCUACAAAUAACUGCCUGGACACAUCUUGGUCAACACCAUGUCCGCAGAAAUGGCUAAACGAGGAGGACCGUACUUAUCGACCGUCUGGGCACUUGGAGGCACACCUAAAAAGAAUGUGGACGUUCCUAUCACUGCAGUCUUCUUGGCUUUGUUUGUGAUCAGUGCAGCAUGGCAUAUGACCAUCUUCCAAAAGAACAGGGGAAGGGGCCACAAGUUCAUCUUCAACGCCGCGUUGUUCGGCUUUUCGAUGUCAAGAAUCGUGACCUGCAUACUACGCAUCGCCAGCAUAUGCCUUCCAUCCGACAUCCAACUCGCCAUCGCUGCUACAAUAUUCGUUGCGGCUGGCGUCCUCAUCGUUUUCGUCGUCAACAUCAUCUGGGCACAACGUGUACUCCGCGCAACACACCCAAAACUUGGCUGGCACCGCGUCACCAAAAUCAUCUUCAUUGCCACCUACGUCCUCAUCGCAAUCGCCCUUAUCAUCACUAUCACAUCCGUCAUCCAAAACUUCUACACCUUGCGGCCAAGGACGAAGUUCAUCGACCGCGCGCUCCUGCUGUAUGGACAGACCUUCCUCGCUAUCAUAAGCUCCCUCCCGAUACUCAUCGUCGGACUAGCCCUAGCCCUUCCCCGCCGUACGCCUCUCGAGAAAUUCGGCGCAGGAAAGCACAGCAUCAAGAUCGCCAUACUGCUCACAGGCUCAACUCUCCUAACAUUAGGAGCAUGGUAUCGCUGCGGUACCAGCUGGCAGGCACCUGUGCCGAAAUCGCAACCACUACCGGCAUACUUUGCGAAGCCGUGCUUCUACAUCUUCAACUUCGGUGUUGAGAUUGUGACGCUGUAUUUGUAUGCGAUUACGCGAGUGGAUCUGAGGUUCCAUGUGCCGAAUGGCGCGAAAGGGCCGGGGAGUUAUGUGGUUCGAAAUGAGAAGAAUCUUGAUGAGGAGACGGGCGAGGAGAAGGAACAGGGAGAGGUGGCGAGUAUAGAACCUUUGCGGGAAACGUAA